AUCCCAACUUCCUGUGCGAGAAGAGAAGUGUCUCCGUCGGUUUUCUUGACCAGGCCUACACACCCGUAGUUGGACGGGGAACGGCCCCAAUCAUGGUCCUGUGAUUGCUAAGAAGUCGGCUAAUUAACUUUUUGAAACCUUAAAGUCUGUGGAAAAGACACUACGUUUACCAAUUGAACCUGUUUUGCUAAACCGCUAGCUAGUCAGCUAACGUUAGCUAAGUUAGACGCAGUUAGCUGUUAGCCAAUCAAGCUUCACUAGAAUUGAUUACGUUCGGUGUCUAUUUCAAGAUGUCAAGUACGGGGUUCAACUCUCAGAAUGGGGCAGGAGGACAACCGUACGCUAAUGGUCCCUCACAGAAUCCUGUAGCACUGCACCCUUCUGGACCUGGUUACAACAUGGCCCACCAGCCUCCGUACAACCCAACGCAAGUCAAGGGCCCCAUGCCGCCUGGCCCUGGACUCUAUAACUCUGGGCCCUACCAGCCCGUCCCAUUAGUCGGCUCUUACCAGGCUCCUCCAGGUCAGCCUAUGUUACACCGGCCCUCUAUGGGACCGCCACAGCCCAUGACUCCCCCUCAAUCUGCCAGUCCUGGCCCCGGUCUCCGGAUGCCCCCAGCACAGGCCACCCCCCCACCCCCUGUGUCUGCAAACAGCUACUACCAGCAUCCCCCAUCCUGGCAGUAUGGCGCUCCUCCACCAAUAGGGGCUCCUCCUUCCAUGGCGGUGCCUCAGCAUGGGCCUGUAGCUAAUCACGUGACCUCCUCGCCCAGCCCGGCCCCGCCCCAGUUGUCGGUGGGUUACAACGCAGCACCUCCAGCCAUCCACAACACCAUGCAGCCCCUGGGGCCUCCCGCCACCCUCCAAGGAUACACCCAGCCAGGCUCUGCCCCUCCAAUGAACUCGAUGGUUGCUCCUCAGUCAUACCAGCCAGGUAUGAGAGUACCUAUCGCACCCCCACCCACUAUGAGACCCACACCACCCCCCACUGGAACACCCAAUGCUACCCCACCCCCUCCCUUGGUCCCCAAGACUGAUGGACACAUACAGACACCUGGUAAUGGCGCUCCAUUUCCCAACAGCUUAGAUCAUUUGGAGACGGGCCAUACAAUGACUGGCCCUGCCCCGCCGCCUGGCCCCCCUGCUCGACAUAUGGGUCAGUCAUACCCUGCUCUACCCCCAGGGUAUCAGAACACCUCUGCGCCCCCUAAUGCCUCUCCCAUGCAUCAUCCAAUGCAGACCCCAUCGCAGCCUUACAGCCAUGCACCUCAGCAGUACCAACAGACAUCAGCUGGUCCAGCUCAGCUGAGUCCCUCCCUGGCAGGAUUGAGUCUGCAGUCCCAGACCCCUGAGGCCCUGAGGGUGGUCAACCUACUGCAGGAGAGGAACCUGCUCCCCCCAGGCCCCAUCAGCCCUCCCACGCCCUGCCUUCCCCAGGACCUGCAGAAAAUCAACUGCCACCCUGAGGUCUUCCGAAGUACCCUGACGAGCAUCCCUCAGACCCAGUCUCUGUUAAACAAGGCCAAGCUUCCGCUGGGCUUGCUGCUCCACCCUUUCAAAGAUCUCACGCAACUGCCUGUGGUCACCUCCAGCACCAUAGUAAGGUGUCGCUCCUGCAGGACAUACAUCAACCCCUUUGUGAGUUUCCUGGACCAGAGGAGAUGGAAGUGUAACCUGUGCUACCGGGUCAACGAUGUUCCAGAGGAGUUCAUGUACAACCCAGUCAGCCGAUCGUACGGGGAACCGCACAAAAGGCCUGAAGUCCAGAACGCCACGAUCGAGUUCAUUGCACCCUCCGAAUACAUGCUGAGACCCCCCCAGCCAGCUGUUUAUCUCUUCGUGCUGGACGUGUCCCACAACGCCGUGGAAACGGGAUACCUAGAUGUCGUCUGUCAGUCACUGCUGGAAAAUAUCAACUCGCUCCCAGGGGACUCGAGGACAAAGAUUGGCUUCAUCACCUUUGACAGCACCAUCCACUUCUACAAUCUCCAGGAGGGUUUGUCCCAACCACAGAUGCUCAUUGUCUCUGACAUUGAGGAUAUAUUUUUACCAACACCCGACAGCCUUUUGGUGAACCUCGAUGAAUGCACGGAGAUGGUGCAGGACCUGCUGAAGAGCUUGCCCCAUAUGUUUGGUAAGACCAUGGAGACGCAGUCUGCUCUGGGCCCGGCCUUGCAGGCAGCCUUCAAGCUGCUGUCGCCCACCGGGGGGCGUGUGUCCGUCUUCCAGACCCAACUGCCCAACUUGGGUGUGGGAUCCCUCAAGUCCAGAGAAGACCCCAACCAGAGGGCUUCCGCCAAGGACAUCCAACACCUGUCUCCUGCCACUGACUUCUAUAAGAAGCUGGCCCUGGACUGUUCUGGACAGCAGGUGGCAGUGGACCUGUUCCUCCUGAGCUCCCAGUACUGUGACCUGGCCUCUCUAGGCUGCAUAUCCCGGUACUCAGCAGGAAGCGUCUACUAUUAUCCCUCCUAUCACCAGCAGCAUAACCCAGCCCAGGUAGAGUGCUUCCAGAAGGAUCUCAAGAGGUACCUGACCCGCAAGAUCGGCUUUGAGGCUGUCAUGAGGAUACGCUGCACUAAAGGUUUGUCCAUCCACACGUUCCAUGGGAACUUCUUUGUGCGCUCCACGGACCUGCUGUCCCUGCCAAAUGUGAAUCCGGACGCAGGCUUUGCUGUGCAGAUGUCCAUUGAGGAGAACCUGGUGGACAUGCAGGUGGUCUCCUUCCAGGCUGCGUUGCUCUACACAUCCAGCAAAGGAGAGAGGAGGAUCAGAGUCCACACCUUGUGUUUGCCUGUGGUCAACUCCCUGUCAGACAUCUUUGCUGGGGCUGAUGUCCAGGCCAUCACUGGUCUGCUGGCUAGCAUGGCUGUGGACCGCUCAGUUACGGCCAGUUUGAGUGAUGCCCGGGACGCCAUGACCAACGCGUCUAUAGACUCUCUGACGUCGUACCGCACCUCUGUGCUCACCAUCCAGCAGCCUGGCCUCCUGGCCCCUGCCUGCCUCAGGCUGUUCCCCCUCUACAUCCUGGCCCUGCUCAAACAGAAAGCCUUCCGAACAGGGACAAGCACCAAGCUGGAUGACCGCGUGUUUGCCAUGUGUCAGCUGAAGUACCAGCCCUUGGCCUAUGUGAUGCUGAUGAUCCACCCUGCGCUGUACCGUGUGGACGACCUGACCGAUGAGGGAGCCUUGAAUAUCAGUGAGCGCACCAUCCCCCAGCCCAGAGUCCAGCAGCUCUCUGUGGAGAAGCUGAGCCGAGAGGGGGCCUUCCUCAUGGAUGCUGGCUCGGUGAUCUAUCUCUGGAUUGGAAGAAACUGUAACCCCAACUUCCUAACCCAAGUCCUGGGGGUCCCAAGCUACCCUGCUGUGCCUCAGAACAUGACUAUGCUCCCGGAGUUGGACACUGCUGAGUCCCAAAGAACCAGGGCGUUUAUUGGCUGGCUGAGGGAACAGAGGCCUUUCUUCCCCAUCCUGCAUGUAGUCAGAGAUGAGAGCCCACUGAAGGCCAGCUUUAUGCAGAACAUGAUUGAGGAUCGGACAGAGUCUGCCUUAUCAUACUAUGAGUUUUUGCUCCAUAUCCAACAGCAAGUGUCCAAGUAAAUCCAGCGAAUGGAGUCAGUCUCGGGAACUGACAGGACUUCUAUCAGUGUGAGUGAACCUGUCAGGGACGGCUUCUCACAGCAUCUUCACUUUUGUUUGUCAUCACCUUCCCUGAAGAUCAUCCCUCAUAUGCAGACUUUCAAACAAAUCAACCCUUUUGUGGUAAACAAGACAUGGAUAGGUGACUAGACGAGGUGUGAUUUGGCUCCGUUCCCAGCGGGAAUGGUUUGACACCAGGGAAUUCGCGAUACGGUAUUAUGUGCGUCAAUGAUUGAGCAAAUCAGUGUUCAUUCUCAUAGAACAAUGCUUUUAAGAGGGAUGUCUUUUCAGCUACUGUUCUGGCUGUGGAGGUCUUGUUCUACAUGCCCAGUUUUUUUCUAAUGAAGUGAUAUUACGCGUCAUGCUAAAGGCCAUGUUUAGGAGAAUCUGCCUCUGCCUGCCUCUGACUUGUUAUGGGAUUUCACCUUGAGCGCAGGAAUACAGAAUAUCUCUGCUAAUGUGAGAGGAUAUUAAUCUAGCGAUUAUUGGUGAAGGACAGAAGUGCUUUUAUUUUGGUCAUUGUCGAACAAAUCUCUAGGCUUAAUGUAAAGUUUGAAGAUACCUUGUUAUAAUGUGCUGCCUUGAUUGUUAUUGACUAAGCGAUGGAACACUGUUUCAUCUCUGGAGUCUUCUCAGUUCGUCAAAGACUCUUACUCACACGUUCUCCUGUCUCUCUCCUCUUUUCUCGUGGACAUUCAAGACUUCUGAAGAUGUUGCUUCUUGGUUUUUGUUUAAUUUAUGAGAAUCCCGAUCUGAUUAAAUCCUGUAAUUGCCUUGUAUGGGAACUCACUUUUUAUUCAAACUCUGUUUAAAUACACACUAUAUAUGAAAUAUUUUAAUAUAAUAGGAUAUGGGAAAUUCUUUAACACAGACAUAACAAAAGCCAUUGUGAUCUUUUAAUCAUGCUUAUUGAUACUUGUAUAUUGAAGACUACAUCAUAAUGGUAAAGAAUUGUUGAUUUUAGUAUGAAAAUAGUAGGUGAAAUGAUACUAAGAAAAUAAAUGUUUGGAACUUUUUAAACCUUGUUUUGGUUUGUCAUGGAUGAGCAGGAGUACGAUUAACAUGGAUGUUGUCUCAAAUUAUAUUCCAUUUUGUACUUUGUUCUGUUAUCUUGAUGCUAUUUAACUGGGGGGGAAAUGUCAUAACUGUGAUAAUUAGGGUGAAAAGCAAUAGAAGCCUGUCAGGAAAUUAUAUCAGAAAUUAAGGAAUAAAUAGCAUCAGUGUGGUUGGUGUUAUUGAUUUAAUUCAUAUUGAAGUCAAUUUGUUUUUCUACAUUUAAAGCCAGCAGACGUUGGUGUUAUCUAUAGUUUAACAUUUGUGCAAAUGUCCAGUAUAAAUUCUAGUUCAAAAUUUUUGCAGUUAUGUUUAUUUAAUAGGAUCUUAGAUUUAGAAAGGUCGGGCACAUGCAAUUUAAAUUGUUGUUGGAUGGAGAAUACGCUGUCCUCCAAGCUAAUUUGUACCGUGAAAUUAUUCCUGAUUGAGCAAGAGGAAUGAUGAGCAGAAGUUCAUUGGAGGGCACAUCUCGUCAGCUACUAAAACCUACUGCGGAAUUGCUGUGGCGAGGAAAGGUUGUAUUCAAAGUUUGGACAUAACUACAUUUGAAGGGAUUAAAAACUAUGGUAGGCCUGCGAGUAAACAUUCCUUGUGGUGAAUAAAGUACUUUGUACGUUUUCAUGUGAAUUCUAAAAGGGAACAUGGUUCCAUUCAAUAGAACUCCUUAGUUGCCUACCUUUCUCUUGUUAGGAGUUGUCACAUUUAACAGAAUGACAUUCAACAAUAAUAAAGAAAAGGUAGAGAGCAUG